GUUCCUACUCCCGACCUCACUUCUCAAUCCGUUUCGUUUUUUUUUCUUGUCUAUUUCUUGCUUGCGUGUUUUUUUUCUCUCUUUCCUCUUUGUGAUCCCCAAGCCGGAGGACAUGCUGUUUUGGUCUAGUCACUUGAUCGACUCAGGUCCCCUCUUCCGCUUGUGUUGCUUUUCUUUGUGAAUGAUUUUAACGCCGAUAUUCUCUCUUCUGACGCCCCAAUCCUUCUUCCGAUGAGCGUCUCAUUGCCAUCAUACCAACCCCCGCCGUCCCAUCUAACAGUCGAUCGCCAUGGACUUCUGAUCGUUGCAGGCGCUGCUAGUAUAUCCCUUUUCGCAACUCUUUUUCUCCUACUCUAUGUAACUAUCCUGUCAAUAGUCUCCAAGAGGCCCGGUUGUACGUGGGCUUCUCUCCGGCUGGUCUUCAUGCAAACCUCUUUCGGGCCGAUCUUCCUCAACCUCGUUUUUGCUGAUAUGCUCCUGGCAAUUGGACUCAUGCACAAUUUUAUCAAUUUCCAUGAACAUGGGCCAGUUACAGCCUCAAUAACUUGCACCUCACAAGGCGUUUUGAUUCAAUUAGCCGACGUAGCAUCCGCUCUACUCAAUUUGCUCAUAGCUAUCGAAACAUUCAUAAUUCUUUCAAACGGGCCCAUGCUAAGCUGGUAUACGCAGUUUUCAACCGUUGGGAUUUGGAUGCUCUCUUGCUGUUUUGCUGUCCUAGGCUUCCUCAGCUUCUCUAGUCUUGAACUGCACUCUUUCUACAAUUGGAAUGGAGCUUGGUGCUGGAUCAGUCCUGAUUAUUUGACCUAUCAAAUCACUUUUCAUAACGUGUGGAUCUGGUUAGCCGCAACGGGACUCAUUGCGCUAUAUGGAACUCUCUUCACCAGAAUACGGACUCACUACAAAGGAGAGGGACACAUUCUACGGCGGUCUUCCAUUGUAAUCCCAGCACCCAGCACACCUUCAACGAUGAGCAGCAUGUCCGGUUCGCUUUCAAACCUGAGCAAAGCCGCCAAGCGCCAAAAAGUGGGAAACAAAGGCCUCCGCGUGGUUGCCCGAACAAUGCUGGUGUAUCCUAUUAGCUUCGUGGCAUAUUCUAUCCCGCUCACAGUCAUCUCACUGAUCGAGAAUUAUCGACGUUCAACAUUAAAUCCGGUCGUCGCUCUCGUGCUCAGUACUCUUUUUGCUCUACGUGGUGCGAUCGAUGUCUUGGCUUUUGGAAUGACGCGAAAUGUAUUCAUCUUGAGGACACCACCGACUCCAGUAUACGAUGAGGAACAAUUAACUCCCACCUCCCCCAACAGCAUCCACAAAACAAGACAAAUUUCGUUAGAUCUUGACAAAAUACAAGAGAUAAAAGAGUCCAGAGACCCAAACCACUCGCAACGCUCCCAUGAAUCAGUUGACGUCAAGUUUUAUCACAGCUAAACCGACACAAAAUCGCAGUAGACAGAGGAUCUGUCUCUUCCCUCCGGAAAAGCAAUCCGUUG